CGUCUUUUAUACUUUCCAAGCUGUGUGGGUGUACGUGGUCAGUUUGCCAGUCAUCAUUAUAAACUCACCGCAUCACUCCUACCCCAAGGCGCCGAAGACGAUGACGACGUUAGACUCGGCCGGAGCUGGUGUUUUCGUCAUCGGAUUGUUGAUCGAAACUUAUGCAGAUUUACAAAAAUUUGCAUUCAGACAGGAACCAGCCAAUCAAGGAAGAUGGUGCAACGACGGCCUCUGGGGAUUAUCACGACAUCCCAAUUAUUUUGGUGAGGUCGUUCUCUGGUGGGGCAUAUUCAUAAUAUCAUUGAACAUCAUAGAAGGCGUCGAAUACAUUGCUGUGUUGUCACCAUUGUUCACGACAGCAAUAAUAUUGUUUUUAUCUGGUAUACCGUUACUAGAAAGAUCAGCGGACGAAAAGUACAGAGAUAACCCAGACUAUCUAUACUAUAAAGCGUCGACGUCCCCCUUCAUACCGAUACCGCCCGCUAUCUACGUCGAGGUGCCGAGGUUCCUGAAAUGUAUCUUGUGCUGUGAGUUCCCCAUCUACGACUCCACCGGCGACGAGUUCCCCGCGCCUACCAUCGUCACCGAGACCACGAGCAUAUCGAUGGUGCAGUCGCAGACAUAGCUAACAAACGCCGCACGCGACUGCGCUGCGGCCAAAGAGUCCAACAAUCCCAAGAGCCUAAACUGUCAAAAACAAUUGUGAUACACGGCCGAGGAGACACCUCAAAAGAAAUUGCCAAAUUCGUUGCCACUGAAACAAAACAAUACUUUAGAUAUGAAUCGUUAUAAUGUAUACAUGGAGAAUUUAAAGCGUAGCAGAAACGUCGCGUUAGGACUAUUAGAUGAUACGAAAGAUAUUAUAGAAGGAGGCUCGGGGGAGAGCCCCGUCACUAACAUUAGGUUAAGGUCCCCGAACGGAGACGUUAAGGCUUUAAGUGCACCUAGUUCAAGUAGACCGGACAAGAGACCGGCGGAAUAUGUGAAGUACGGCAAGAUAACCUUCAACACCACGGCAAUAUUACAUCACUAUCCGCAGAGGCAGAGCGACCACUGUAGCGUCCACGCUGCCGAGAACAGAGCUGAUAGCAAGCAGACAUCUGACGAAGUCGAGCCAGAUAACAACAAUGAGGUCCAGUCCGACUCCCGACGCACUGAAGUAGACGUUAAGAAAACUAAACUUAAUGAUAAUAAUAAUGAUACGACUAAGAUGAAGUGCGCCAAGCUUGAUACAUAUUUAUUAAAAACACCCGUCAAAUUCGCUGAAGAGAAGCUUGUAUGAGAUUUAGCCAAAUAUUUUCAUUUUGAUAUAAAAGUCUCUUGAAAUCGGCUUUUGCUGCCCAUUGGAGUGAAAUGAAACAUAUCGGAGUAUAAAAUGUAAAUAACCUCAAAAGACUGGUUCAACCUGCGUACAUUCAUGUGGUCGGCUGAAAACCUGCGAGAUACGCUCUUAUCAUAAGAUUCCCGAGCAACUUAAAUCCUCUCCUGUCGAGUCGAAGAUAAACUGUACAAAUAAAUUUUAGCAAAUAUAGUGGAAUCCGUCUCAAACA